AUGGACUCGAAAUCUCCAAUAUCUGUAUAUUUCUCUAAUAAUAAUUAGGCAAGUGUAAUUUCAUUUAGAAAUGAUCCAAAUGAUGAUGCUAUCUAUUAUAUGAUAUAAGUCAAAAAUAAAACAAGUGACGUAUGGUAAUUAGAAAAAAGAUUUUCUCAAUUUGAAGACUUAGCCAAAAAAUUAAAGGUUCUCUUUGGAGAGCAAUUGCCAUCACUUCCCAAAAAGAAAUAUGUAACAUUUUUAGUUGGUAAAACACCUGAAGACAUUGAAAAAAGAAAGGCUGGUUUAGAUGAAUUCAUUCAAAAUUUAGCCAGCAGACCUGAAGUAGUUGCAUCAGAACCACUAAAACAAUUCUUGGAAAUCGAAAAGAAUGCAAAAGAAAUCAUAGUGAAUCCUCCAAAACAAAUAUUCGAGUUCAAAGGAUUUUUGCAUGGAAUCAGAGAUUUUACUAUAAGUUCAGAACAAGGAUUGAUGUUUGUUAUUACAUCAGAUUGCUCAGUGAUUAACAGAUUGGAUGCAUAUCUAACAAACAUGAAAGCUCCUUGGGAAUCUGAAAAGGGAGAUCAAGCAUUAAUACCUGUAGGAUGUGUUGAAUGUUGGUUACAAUAAGAGAGUGGAGAAUUUUCAAGAUUAUGGGUUAAGAUGUACAAUUCUUAAGCCAUAACAUGUUAUUGGGAUGCAGCUGCUUCUGUAUUGCUUGUUGGAUUAGAUAGUGGAUCAAUCAACUAUUUGUAUGUACCAGAAAAAGAAGGAUUUAAGAAAUUUACAGAGAGUUUGGAAAUUGAGUAACAUACAGAUAGAGUCAUGGGAUUGUAUUAUGAUAGUAAGAGAAAAUAUUUGCAUUCCAUAUCCAAAGAUAGAAAAUAUAGAGUAUUAAAUCUUAGAAAAGGGGAACUAGUAGCAGAUAUCGAACCUGAUUAAUAUGAAUUGACAUGUCUUUUAGGAAGCGAAGAAAGAAAGAAAACAUUUGUAGGAGAUAGACAUGGAGAAAUAUUUAUUUAUGAUAUUACGAAAAAACGACCAAAAUUGGUUAUUAAAAUCCCAACCAACUAAUUGUUUAUUAGGGGAUUUUUCAUAGAUAAUUAAAGGAAUUAUUUAUUUUCAAUUAGUCAUGAAAAUGGAGUUAUUUUAAUAAUAGACAUAUAAUUACCUGGAAGAGAGUAAUAUUCUAAGGAAGUGGCCUAAUUAAAUGGAAAGUCAAAAAGCAGAGAAAUUGGAUGGUCAGCAAAAAGAGGUGAAAUCUAUGUUGGCAAUAUAGAUGGCACUGUUACGAUUUGGGAUGCUCGAAAGUCACAAUAAUUAUAUGUACUUAAGGCUCAUGAUUCAGAUAUUACGAAAUUGUAAUGGUUAGAUGCUGAUUAAACUCUGUUGACAGCUGCUAAAGACAAAGUUAUCAAGGUUUGGUCUAUGCCUUAGCAUUGGAGAGAUCCAAAAAUUGUAGAAAAAGAAAUAGAAUAGGAUUAAUAAUAAGCUAAAUAAUAAAAUGUUGAGUAGUAGUAUAAGAAGGCAUAAUAACUAUUUGAUUAAGGAUCUUAGGAUGAUGAUGAAGAUGAUAUGGCAGUUUGGCAUAAGGAUUAACAAAGACAUUCAGACACUAAAUAUGAAGAUAUUGUCGAAUUAAAAUGA